CGGGUUGACAAUUAGAGCUUGCCCGUUACUGCAUUUCCGGAUUGCGAUUACACUUGGUCGCAGUUUGGUGUUGUGUUUUAGCGUGUCAAGUUUUUGGCGCCAUUACCGGGGACUCUAGGUUAUUGUAGAAACGUGAAAGUCUGUUACUUUAGCAUUUACUUUUAUGCAUCUCUCUUUUCCACCCUUGCUUUUCACUUGGGUAUUUUGUUUUUGUUGGUGCAGAUCUGAUACAUGGAUCCUCAUGGCUUCUCCAAUCAUUGGGGGUAUCCACCACCACCGGAGUGGUAUUACCCCGAGACUUCCUAGAGCAACCAAGGAGGAGAAGACUAUGGACUCGGGUUUCAGUACCAACCCCCCAACUACGAAGAACAAUCUCCUUAUCAAGAAGAAUUCCUCCCACAACCAGAAGAGCCAUCAGAUCUUGAUUUAGCCACAGCCUUCACGGGCCAUCCGGCAGAGCCAUGCUACACUCCACAGCCAGAUCCAAACUAUCACUUGAGGCUUCUCAUGGAGCAGAUUGCUCGAGUACCUGAGAGAUCCUUUCCCGAGAUGGAUCCUCAUAUCCAGGCCAUGGCCCAAACUGACUUCUCUUUUCCCCGUGAAACAGAGGAUACCCUUCGGAGCAUAAAGAAGCACAUAGAGGUCAUUGAGAAAGCUUGUGCACAGUUUUCUCAAGACAACCUUUAUGCUUCCAUACAAGUAGAGGAGGAGGAAGAAGAAGGCAAUCAUGAGGAUGUUGAGGAGCAUACAGAAAUUGUCACGGAAAGCUCCCAUGAUAAUCAUGAUCAAGUGUAUCCUCUGGUGGUAGAUCACAAUUGUCCCCAUUUCCGCUCUGAUAUGCUGGGCCCGAGCGAGGAGAUGCAAGAUGAUCUCAUUGAAGAAAUUACAUGGAAAUUUGCUCUCCAAUCUGUGCUAGAAGAAGAAGAGCGAGAAAGGGUGAGGGAAGAAGUUGUGGAGGAUGAGGAAGAAAUCAAAGAAGAGGAAGUUCUUGAUCUUUUCCAAGAGGAGAGACCACAUUUUGAAGAAAGAAGGGGGUUUGAGGAAGCAAUUGGCGUCCAGGCUAAGGAUGAAGUUGAGGUGGAACAGGCUUGCAGCUGCCCUAUGUUACAUGUGAUAUCUCCACCAAACUUCGAGGAGCUGUUUGGCAAGGACCCUUUUGCAAUGUCUCUUUGCCAUACCAAGACCAUAUCAACAUCAAUCCCUCUUGGUGGAUGCGAUAGUGGUCAAUCGAUGAUAUCUUAUCUGGUUUGGGGAAAUGAGACAAGAGCAAACGCGAAGGAGAGGUCUCGAGAGUGGAGACUUCAUCUUCCUCAAGGCCACGAGCCAUCUUCAUCACCUAUCACAUCACCUGCUUGUGACUUGAGACUCCACAUCAUCAACGAGAACCUCAACUUUAAGGAGGUUCUGGGGUGGACCGAAACUUAGGAGCCACCGUCCAGCUAAAGACGUAAAAGAAGUGCUUGUGGGGAGGCAACCCCACCAAGGUUUGUUUUCCUUCGGUUAUUUUUGGUUUGUCCACUUGGAACUAUGGUUUCUAUCACCCAGUGUAUUUUGCUGACUGGUCCACUUCCAGUCCCCCGGCAGUCUUUCCUUUCGGUAACAUCGUUCCCCUUAUCUUUCCCUCUGCUCCAUUGAGGGCAAUGUCGAACUUAAGUGUGGGGGAGUGCUUUGUAUUGGUUGGAACGUAUAUAUGUGUGCUUGGAGCCUAGUCCACUGUCCAAAUCUUGAGAUUUGAGGGCUCCAAGUACUGCUGUUUGCUUGAUCGUAUUGGCACCAUGGGUUUAAUUGGUGAGUCGAAUGGCUUUCAAAUUGAUGCAUGACACUGGAUUGUGACUAAGACAACCUAUAAUGAUGACUGAGACAUGCAGUAGAAUUGUGUAGGAGUUCAGUUUUUCAACUGUUUGCUUACCAAUUGUGACUUGGAUUGAUCACUUGCUCUUGACAGUCGUUUAUGCAUCUAGUUCAGGGAAUCAAAAUGAGAGAUAGAG